CCGGUGAAUAUUGAGUUCACUAUUUACUUUCAAGUUUGAGGUUGUCUUAACGUUUACCAUUACACAUCAACGUACUUCCCGUGGUGCUUCAAUGAAAAUGACAAAAUUAUUGACAUGGACGUUAGAUCAUUUAGACGAUAUUAUAUGUCGGUGGGCCCAUGCCUAUCGCAUUAUUUCUGUGGUGGCAUCAAGCAUUGAGUGGAUAAAAUCCUUUCCUGGUGUCCAAUUUUCCUCCAGUAGAUAGAGCAUGCCACGUGGCAUCAUUUUAUUUGCCUGCUCCCAUACACUUCCCAUCCAGAUAAUAUUUCGGACCAAAUGCAAUUCAGCUGCCACAGGCUUGUGGUGUGUUGGGUCCAGUCAAGACAAGGAAUUAGCCAUGGGUGUGCAAAAAAACUGAAUUGUGAGGGAAGAGGAGCCACUCUUUGCAUCAAUGGCUGCGACUCUCAGUUCCAAUUCAUUUCUUCUAACCUCCACAUUCAAUUCAAGAGCAACCACCACCCUAAAGAACCCAAGGCUCUCUGUCUUGGCCAAGAGGACUGGCCCCUUAUCCGCAUUUCGGUUUGGCAAGUCCGGGGGCGAUGGUUCGUCGUCGGACGAAGGCCAAGCUGAUGAUUCCACCAAUUCCAGCUCUUUCCGGUUUGAUUUCGGCAAAAUUCCGGAUGUGAAAUCUUUGAUCCCUGUUGUGAGUCAGCCUUCUUUAGGCCUGUCAUUUGGGAACCCCAGAACCAAGGACCCUAGAACUGUGUUUGUGGCUGGCGCAACGGGUCAGGCUGGGGUUCGCAUUGCUCAGACUCUUUUGCGUGAAGGUUUCAGUGUGAGGGCUGGCGUGCCUGAACUUGGUGCUGCCCAAGAAUUGGCUCGUGUUGCUUCUAAAUACAAGAUCAUAUCAAACGAAGAAUCAAAACGCAUCAACGCGGUUGAAUCCGUCUUCCAAGAUGCCGAGGCCAUUGCCAAAGCCAUCGGAAAUGCCAGCAAAGUUGUCGUCACAAUCGGCCCCAACGAGAACGGUCCAACGACCGAAGUCACCCCAUUAGACGCUUUACAAGUAAUACAAGCUGCCCAGCUGGCCGGCGUUGGGCACGUGGCAAUAAUCUACGACAGGAACACAUCGGGUGUAUCAACUUACAAUGUACUAGAUGGCCUCUCUUCAUUCUUUAACAACCUCUUCUCGGGAUCUCAGCCGUUGACUGUAGCUGAAUUUUUGCAAAAAGUCAUCGAAACGGGUGUCAGCUACACGUUUAUAAAAACAAGUUUGACUGAAGAUUUUUCGCCUGAGAGCUCAUACAACGUUGUCGUUUCAGCUGAAGGAAGCGGAGGUGCAAACGACUACAAAGUAGCCAAGGCUCAGAUUGCAAACCUGGUGGCCGAUGUUUUCUUAAACACUUCUGUGGCGGAAAAUAAGGUUGUGGAAGUGUAUACUGAUCCAUCAGCACCCUCCAAGCCUGUGGAUCAGCUUUUCAGUACCAUCCCUGAGGAUGGAAGAAGGAAAGCUUACGCAGAAUCAAUUGAAAAGGCAAAAGCAGAGGAAGAGGCAAUAAUAGCUGCUGAGAGAGCUCGCAAAGCAGCUGAAGCGACGAAGAAACUUGAAGAAGAGGUAAAAAAGCUGACUGAGCAAGAAGCUCGAGCAACUACUUUAGCUGAAGAUGCUCAAGUGAAGGCUGAGGCUGCAGGGGGCACAAUAGACAGCCUCUUCAACAAGGCAAAAGAUAUUGGCUCAGGGCUGUCCUGGGACAAGUUUAGCUCACAACUUGCAGACACAGUUCAAAAGUCUACAGAGAUACCAAAAGUGCAGAUUGCCACUGUCCGAGGACAGGCAAAGGCUCGGACUUUACCUCGGCAGAAAGCGGUUGCCAAGCAAGUUACAACUCCAAAACUGGCUUCUUUGAAACCGAAAGAACAGCCAAAGCCUAAGGCCAAGCAAACGGAUGAGAACAAGGAAGUGAGGAAGGUGUUUGGUGGCUUGUUUACGCAAGAAACUGUGUAUGUCGACGAUGACUGAGGCGAAAACUGGCCAAGUACCAGGGUUUAGUAGUAUUUAUGUCUUUGUUGUUAUUGAAAUUUGAAAGAUGGUUUUAUAUAUGAGUUCCAGCAAGUAAUAUCUGUACUGGUUGUCCUUUCUCAACGAAUAAGGAAAUAAUCUCCUUCAUGUU